UAGGAUAUAUCAAUUUAUUUAGUACUGAAGCGCGUUUGUGUCGAGAAGACUAAGUAGUGGGUUCUUCUAUAUUAUCACUCUGUAACAAAGACUCUAGUCUUCAGUGGACUUCCAUAGCUUGUGUCUGAGAGAUUCUCUAUUCAGCUACAAAAAGCUGGGUUUGAAUACCAAAACUCCAAUCUUCAAAUUACACCUCUAAUUAAAGUCCGGCUUAACAUUAUUUCCUCUUUCCAUUUUCUCUGUCUUCAAACACUUGUAUUUGGUGUUCUUCAAGACCACUCCAUUUUCAGACAGAUUUAGCUUCUGGGUUUUGUGUCUUGCAACAUAAGUUGGCGUUACUGAAAGUCCGUUGGUGUGAUUUUUUUCAGGUUUAUGUUCAAUCCACAGUCUGCAAAGAAAUUCCAGAAAUCUCAGCCAAGAGUAUCAAAUAGAUGGCUUAUUCUGCUUCUGUCAUGAAUAUUUGACAUUUUCUGUGAAAGAAGAUCCGUCAUUUUUCAGAAGCCAGCUUUUGGCCGAAGAGUUUCAGAAGAGCUACAUAAAACAGCAACCCUUAAAGGGUAUAUUGAAUAGACUAUAUCCAGAUCACUGCAGCCAACUCUUCAAUGCAAAGAUCACAAAAGCGCAGGAGUUCAAACAUGGCCAACAGAUUAUACUAUCAGCCACCAUUACAAGAUGUAGAAUCUUACUGCUUACCACAGUUUGGAUCUUCAGAUAGUGAACUUUGUUACAGCUACAGCAGCCGCAGCCAGGGCGGCGCCCAAGUCUCUGCUAAGAAUCCUUUCCAACUUUAUGCCACUUUGGAAUCGUCCCCGGCGAUUGAAAAUAUUAACAUGUACAUUUCUCCAUCGACUGUCAGCUUCUCCCCUAAUGGAAGCCCAAUUUCACAGCAAGAUUCUCAUUCCUACCUCCCUGAUCAGCGCAAUUCGCCUGAAAAUACUUAUGGUUCUCCAAUCAGUGGCUCCUGCAUUACUGAUGACAUGAGUGACUGGAAGUACAAGCUGAAAGAGCUCGAAAGUGCCAUGCUGGGUCCUGAUUUAAGCAUUCAGGGGAACUAUAACACUGGAUUUCAGAGGGGGGCAAACAAUAGUUCAAAUGAGACUGAGAGCUGGGGACAAAUUAUGGAGCCAAUCUCCAAAAAAGAUGUGAAACAAGUCCUGAUAUGCUGUGCCAAAGCAGUCUCAGAUAAUGAUCUGUUAACGGCGGAGUGGUUGAUGAACGAGUUACGCGGCAUGGUGUCGGUUUCUGGCGAACCAAUCCAGAGGUUAGGCGCUUAUAUGUUGGAAGGACUUGUUGCGAAACUUGCCUCCUCAGGGAGCAACAUAUGCAAGUCAUUGCAAUGCAAAGAGCCUGCAAGUUCUGAAUUGCUCUCUUAUAUGCAUAUUCUGUAUGAGCUCUGCCCGUACUUCAAAUUUGGAUACAUGUCUGCUAAUGGGGCAAUAGCAGAAGCCAUGAAAGACGUAAACCGAGUUCACAUUAUCGAUUUCCAAAUUGGUCAGGGGAGCCAGUGGAUCACUUUGAUUCAGGCCUUUGCAGCCAGGCCUGGAGGACCUCCCCAUAUCCGGAUAACAGGCAUUGAUGACUCAGUGUCAGCUUAUGCUCGAGGAGGAGGGCUCAGCAUUGUAGGAAAGAAGCUCUCUAGGUUUGCUGAAACUUUCAAAGUGCCAUUCGAGUUCCACUCUGUGGCCAAAUCCGGUUCCGAGGUUCAACUGGAGGAUCUUGUUGUUCCACCUGGAGAGGCUUUGGCUGUAAACUUUGCUUUCAUGCUUCAUCACAUGCCAGAUGAGAGUGUCAGCACUCAAAAUCACCGGGAUAGGCUACUGAGGCUGGUUAAAAGCCUGUCUCCGAAGGUGGUGACUCUUGUGGAACAAGAAUCUAACACCAACACCGCGGCCUUCUUCCCCCGGUUUGUGGAGACACUGAAUUACUACACGGCCAUGUUUGAAUCCAUAGACGUGACUCUCCCUCGGCAUCACAAGGAGCACAAGGAGCGGAUCAAUGUGGAACAGCAUUGCUUGGCCAGAGAAGUGGUUAACAUAAUAGCAUGUGAAGGAACUGAAAGGGUAGAGCGACAUGAACUACUUGGAAAGUGGCAGUCGAGGUUCAAAAUGGCUGGUUUUACUCCAUACCCGUUAAGCACCCUGGUCAAUGCCACCAUUAAAACACUUUUAGAGAAUUACUGCAAUAAGUACAGGCUUGAAGAGAGAGAUGGGGCUCUCUAUCUUGGCUGGAUGAACAGAUAUUUGGUUACUUCUUCUGCAUGGAAGUGAGAAAGAAAAAAUUAAAAGGAACUGGGGCAGGGAAAAACAAGUAGUUUUUGUUUGGUUUUACUUAAUUAUGUUAACUUUGUUAUUGGUUUAACUUUCCUAUGAGGAGGGUGACAUGACAUUAGCCAUGAACUCUUCUCACAUCUAAGUUAGCCAUUUUUGUUUUAAGGCCAAUUCCAGGACUCAAAAACUUACUGUUUUACUGAUAGAGAGGGAAAACAUGAUUUUGUUUGGUUAUUAAAGGCUUUGUAUAUGGAUACCGAGUAACAGAACACGAAAUCUCAUUUUCCCUUUUCUACCGUUGUACUAUGGGAGUUAAAAAGUUCAAGACUAUUGUAACCAUUUUAAAAAAGAACAAAAUUCUUGAACACCUGCUAAAGCAUUCUAUA